ACUUAUUCCAUUUACACGAACCGACCACAUAGAGAGCGUGAAUUGCCCCACAGAUGAAAGCUAACCUUAUCUAGUACUAUGUACUAUGAUCUGAGGACCGCCAGCACUAAUAUAACUGGGUUGGGCAACAGGUAUAUAAAUCCCUACAUACCUCCCAUACAAACUUCCCCCAAGGAAUCCAAAGGAUAUAUCUCCAAACUAAACUAGAUAUCCUAAACCAACCAUAAAAUACCCACAAAACCAAAAUGUCCCCCAAACCAACAAUCCUCCUCAUCCAUGGCGCCUGGCACACGCCCGCCCACUACGAACCCUACACAACAGCCCUGACGAACGCAGGCUUCGAAGUCCACUGUCCACACCUACCCACCUGCAGUGGCACGUCCCCCCCAACAGCAACCUUCGCCGACGACGUCACCCUAAUCCGCCAAACCCUCCAUUCCCUCAUCACAGCCGGAAAACAAAUCCUGUUAAUCAUGCACUCCUACGGCGGUUGCGUCGGCACCGACGCAGCCCAAGACUUCCUAUACCCCAUCACCACCACCACCGCCACCACCUCCCCCGAAACUCCCACCCAAGGGAACCAGAAACCCAAAGGAGCGGGAAUAAUCCACCUCCUCUACCUCAGCGCCUACAUGCUCCCGCCCGGGUCCUCCAUCCAAACCAUUAUGGACAAAGCCGGGGUGGACGAACACCUAUGGGCCCAAUACAUGGACGAUGAUGAGUUCGGGUUGACCCUGCCCCGGGAUCCCGGGUUGUGGUUUUAUGGGGGUCUGGAGAAGGAGACUGUGGAGAGGUGUGUGAAGGGGUUGGUUAGGUUUCCGGUGGGUGUGCUUAGGGAGAAGACGAGUGGGGAUGGGUGGCGACGGUGUCCUGUUACGUAUGUUAGGACGGAGAGGGACUAUGCUGUGCCGGGGGCGUUUCAGGAGAUGAUGCUUGAGGGGGUUCGGGGGGAGGGAGUUGAGGUUAGGGUUUUGGGGUUUGAGACUUGUCAUAGCGUUUUUUUGACGAAUGUUGAGGAGAUGGUGGGGGUUGUUGUUGGGAUUGUGAGGGAUGGGGGUAGUUCGUAAUUGUUUUAUACUGUCGAAUGUGUAUAGAGUCAUGUCAAGGAUAGGAUGAUCUUCAGUAGUAGCGUCAAAAGAUAGGAGUUAUAGAUUGGCUUACAGUUGCAACGGUAGCCAAUCUCCGAAUUUAUUUUUACAGGCCCUGCAU